AUGUCAUCAACCGCAUCACCACCUCUCAAAGGUAUCCGAGUCCUUGAACUCGCUGGUCUAGCUCCAGGCCCCUUUGCCGGCCUCCUUCUAGCCGAUUACGGCGCCUCCGUCCUUCGCAUCGACCGCCCACACCCACAAGCACAUUCCACUUCCAGCACCCUCCCCCCUCAGACCUCCGAUACCCUAACCCGCCACAAAACCUCCAUAAGCCUCGACCUCAAAUCCCCCGCCUCCAGCGCCGUUCUCCUCUCUCUACUCCCCCACGCAGACGUUCUCAUCGACCCAUUCCGCCCCGGCGUUCUCGAGAAACUAGGCCUCUCCCCGACUGAUGUUCUCCUCAAGAAAAACCCCCGCCUCAUCGUCGCCCGCAUGACCGGCUUCCGCCGCGAUGGCAAAUACAAAGACAUGGCCGGCCAUGACAUCAACUAUAUCGCCGUCUCGGGCGUGUUGGGCAUGCUGGGUCGUGCGGGCGAACCACCCUACGCCCCCGGUAAUAUCAUUGGUGACUUUGGCGGUGGAGGAGCUAUGUGCUUCCUUGGUAUUCUACUUGCGUUGCUGGCGCGCGAACGCACGGGCAAGGGACAGGUUGUCCAGGCGAAUAUGGUCGAUGGCUCUGCAUACCUGGCUACUAUGCCGAGGUUGUCGCAGAAGAAACCCAUAUGGGCGGGCCCGCGUGGUUGCAAUGUGCUUGAUGGCGGAUGCCCUUACUACGGCACCUAUGAGACGAAGGAUGCAGGCAAGUACUUUGCCGUUGGUGCCUUGGAGCCGCAGUUCUUUGAUGCCCUGUUGAAGGGUUUGGGUUUGAGCAAGCAGGAUAUCAUGUCUGCAGGCUCCAGUGGGAGUCGCGAGGAUCCUAGGACGUGGCCGUAUAUGCGCGGGGUGUUUACGCAGAGAUUCAAGGAGAAGACGCGCAAGGAGUGGGAGGAUAUCUUUGAUGGGACGGAUGCGUGUGCUACGCCCGUGCUGGAGAAUUGGGAGCUGGAGGAGGGCGGGUAUGAGCAAAGGUUGGCGGUGGGGUUGUCGGAGACGCCGGGUAUAUCGUAUGGGAGUGAGGAGGGGGGUUGGUCGAGUGAGGGACUUAGGCCGAGUCAAGGUGGGGAAGAGACUUUGGCGAGUUGGCUGGGGUGGGCUAGGGGGAAGGAGUUUGAUGUUAAGAAUGGGGCAUUGGUGAAGGUUGGGGGUGCGAAGCUGUAG